GAGUCAUAAUAUCCGUUGGCCUUCUCCAACCGCAAAAAGAGCAAGCGUCCAAGGCCGCCAUGAACGCGCGGUUCCAAAGAAAAAGCUCAGUUAAAGUUUUUCUCGCGGAGCGAGCGGGAAGAAGAGGCCAAGCGCCCAAGCCUCUGGAGGUCUGCAUCCUUAGCCGUUAAGCAGAGCAGUGCAUGGCUAGGUCGGUUUCGCUUCGCUUGACGCUCCCUUUAUUUAUUACACUCUCAUGAUGAAGCCCGAUUUGCUUCCGCUGCACCGUUUUAAUGCGUGUUUAGACUAAUAUAGUAAGUGAUUGCUGGCUUAAUCCGAGUUUGCUUCUUCCUCCGCCGUGCCUUGGUUGAUCGCGUCGAGGUUUUAAGGAAGGGGGCGUAUAAAUUGCACCCGGCAUGCUUCCCCUGCAAAAGCUGAUGUGUGUGUCUGAACCCGUGCGAACCUACGGAGCAAUGCUGACGCCGCCGACGACGUUGCCGGCGGCAGGGGCGCUCUCGGAGCAGGCCGAGACCGCGGCGAUCGUGUCCGCCCUCACGCACGUUAUCGCCAGCGGCCGCGGCCCGCCGGCGCCCGCGCCACCGCUGCUCAUGCCGUGCCGCCCGGGCGUCCAGCAGCUCGGCGCGUCCACGUCGUCCCGAGGAACGGAGGCGCCGCCGCCGCGGAAGUAUCGCGGUGUGAGGCGGCGGCCGUGGGGUAAAUGGGCGGCUGAGAUCCGUGACCCGCAGAAGGCGGCGCGGGUGUGGCUUGGCACGUUCGCCACCGCCGAGGACGCGGCGCGCGCGUACGACGCCGCCGCGCUCCGCUUCCGCGGGAGCCGCGCCAAGCUCAACUUCCCCGAGGACGCCGCGGCCGCCACCGCGCGCCGCGCCAGGGACGCCGCGACGGCCGCGGCGGCGGCGUCUUCGAAGCCGGCUGCGCUGCUCGAGUCGCAGGACGGCGACGUCAUGGACUACCUGGACUACUCCAAGAUCCUCGCGGAGCCGGAGCCGAGCAACGUGAUGGGCCGGCUCAUGGGCGGCGACGGGAACGGACGGUUCCUGGGGUCCUGGAGCAUCGGGACGUCGCCGACGUCGUCUGCGUCGAGCGCGUCGCUCGUCGUGUCCGGACCCGCCUCCGCUCCUCUGUUUCAGUGCGGUAGCGGCUUGAAGCAGAGCAGUGAGAGUUCGUCGCAUAGGGGCUACUAGCCAAAGGCUAUCAACCUCUUCGAGAGAGACGCGUGGGCGAUUCCUGAUGAUAAACGAGCAAAAGGGUGCGCGUCGCACUUCACAGUUUCA